ACCUGUAGAAGCCAUUCUUCUGAGCUCUAUUUUUUUUUUUGAGAAAUAGCUUUGGGGGAGGUUUUCUUUAUCUUUUCAACCUUCACGUAAAUCUAUUUUCCCGUAGUUUGGGCAGAAGAUGAGCUUCAAAGAGUUCUGUGCAGAAAGGAAGAGCUGGGAGUGCCAUUUGGGAUGGGGAUACAGCUGCCCAAUCCCCACUCAUCAUUCACAGAUGAAUGGAAUAGGAAUAGAAUAGAAUAAGAGAGUUGGAAGGCACCUUGGAGGUUUUCUGGUCCAAUCCCCUGCUCAGCAGGAGACCUUCUCCCAUUUCAGACAAAUGGUUGUCCAGUGUCUUCUUAAAAAAUCCCAGUGUUGGAGAACUCACAAUUACUAGAGGCAAAUUGUUCCCCUACUUAAUUAUUCUCUGUCAGGAAAUUUCUCCUUAGUUCUAGGUUGCUUCUCUCCUUGAUUAGUUUCCAUCAGUUACUUCUUGUCCUGCUUUCAGGUGCUUUGGAGAAUAGGUUGAACCCCUCUUUUUUGUGAUAGGAAAUUUAAUUGCUUCUUUUUAUAUCUUUUCAGGAGGAAGGACUCCCCAAGGGUAAAGCAGAGUUACCUCAAAACCUGUGGCCCUUUUCUCCCCUCAGCAUUGUCAGCGAUACAUCUUCUGACAAUCUUUGCCUCUCAAACCCCGUCAGGAUUCCUAUGUUUCUUCCGAGGGGGUGUGAGUUCUCCUUCCUGCCCCCCAACUUCUAGCGUCACCCUUCGAAUGAAGCUUCGGAUCCUACCCGCCUCCCCUCCGUCUCCUUUGAGCGGGUGGAAAGCCGCUCGGUCUGAGGGAACUGCGGGAAGCGCAGGUCCCUCAGCCAAAAGUAGAAAUGAGCCAGGAUGAAAAAACUAAGGGGAAAAACUCCCAAUAAUUGGGGAGGAGGUGGUGGAAACGGACGGACGGACGGACGACUCCAGCAGCCUAACAACCGCAGACCUCUCUGUCGCGCCUCCCUCACGGACGGAAUCCGCCGCUCGAUCUGAGGGAAGCGCAGACACCGCGUCAAAAAACAACUUCGCGUGAGCAACGGACAGUAGUCUCCACAGCAACCGCAGCCGCCUUCAACCACGCUGCUCUCCCAUUGGCCAACGUUCUUCCCCACGGGCCAAUCGCGGCGCCGCCGCGGAAGGCACGCGCCUUCGCGAAGAAGUGGUCCGCCGACCGAUCGUGGGGCUGGCCCGGUCGGCUGCCUCUCCUUGGUGUGGGCGGAGCCGGAAGCAGGAGCUCCUCUCUCAGAGCUUUUGAGCGGGCGACUGCCGCUGGUUGGAAUAAGAAGCAAUUUCAUCCUCUGAAGGUUUUUCUUACACAAGAGACAAAAAGAAUAGAGCAGCAAAGAUGAAUGAAUGACACUUAAAUUUCUCAUCGGAGUUUUUAUGACAUUCCAGUUCCCUGAACGAAAGAAGCUUUGAAGACUUUCACUCAUUGGAGGGUGCAGUUGAGCUCAGAGGGAACAUGAACCCAGGAAAACCAUCUUGGGAAGGACUGGCACUUUGUGAUCCUCUUCAGGAGAGCAGUGCAAUAGACCAAAAAAAGGCAGGACAGAGGAUUCAGAGUGAAAAAACAAUUACUUUCUGCGCAAAGAGACAACCCUUCAGGGAGCUCCACUAUCAGGAUGCUGAGGGUCCCCGAGGAAUCUGCAGCCGCCUCCACCAUCUUUGCAAUCAAUGGCUGAACCCAGAAAAACAUACAAAAGCCCAGAUGCUGGAUUUAAUAGUCCUGGAGCAGUUCCUGGCCAUUCUGCCACUGGAGAUGGAGAACUGGGUGCGGGAAUGUGGAGCCGAGACCAGUCCCCAGGCAGUGGCUCUGGCUGAAGGCUUCCUCCUGAGUCAGACAGGGGAGAAGGAGCAAGGAGAGUUGCCGAUAGAGAUGUCCAUUCAGAAUUUGAUGGCUGAGCAUCUUAAGGCAAGAAGUGAGCAGUUAAAUCCUUGUCAGAACAAUUCAGUUGGGGAAAUUUCUCCAAAGGAUCUGAAUCGAGACAUGUCACCAGGGGCAGAGAACAGAGAACAGUUGGUGGUAAGAGAAACAUCUCUUUCCAAUGAAGCAGAAGCAAACGUUGGGUUUACAGCACAGGGUUCCGUAUCCUUUGAGGAGUUGUCCAUUUACUUCACCGAGGAGGAGUGGGGUUUGCUAGAUUGUGAUCAGAAAGCUCUGCAUGGAGAGGUCAUGCUGGAGAUGUCUAAGAAUGUGGCUUCUCUGGCAGGCAGUAAACAGAAGAAUGAGAUUUAUCAGGAAUCAGAAGAGACACCAAUACAGAUUCUAAAAGUUGAAGUGGGAGAAGAGAAUCAAUGGCAACCAAAAAGUGAAGAUGGAGUCCAGCUGAAUGAUCAAAGGGGGGAAAAUCCUCCUUUAUCUCUGAAAAUCUAUGAUUUGCUGGCCCAAGAAAAUCUUAAUAGAGAAGGGAUGGGACAGUAUUCAGGCUGUGAUGAAGUAUUUGAAGAACAAUCAAUCUUCAGUAACCCAUGUGGAUGGAGACAGAAAGGGAACAGGUAUAAUCAGAACUGCACUCCUCAUUGGAGAGAUGAGAUGGGGGGAAAAACUUUUGAAUGUAAGGACUAUGAAAACAAAUUGAAUUACUCCAGUAACCUUAUUUCUCAUCCAAGGAAACACAUGGGUGAGAAUCCAUAUAAAUGUAUAGUGUGUGGAAAGAGCUUCACAAGGAACGAUAAACUUACCACCCAUAUAAGAAUUCAUACAGGGGAAAAACCAUAUAAAUGCACAGAGUGUGGAAAGAGCUUCACGAGGAACGACAUACUUAUUUCCCAUAAAAGGAUCCACAUGAAAGAGAAACCAUACAAAUGCAUGGAAUGUGGAAAGAGUUACAGUCACUCCAAAAGCCUUAUAUCUCAUGAAAUUAUACACAAAGGGGAAAAACCAUAUAAAUGCAUGGAAUGUGGAAAGAGUUUUAGCCAGUGCAGUAGCCUUAUCUAUCAUAAAAGGAUCCACACAGGGGAGAAGCCGUACCAGUGUAUGGAGUGUGGAAAAAGUUUCACAAGGAAUGAUACAUUGAUUUCCCAUAGACGAAUUCACACAGGGGAGAAGCCAUUUAAAUGCUUAGAAUGUGGAAAGAGCUACAGUCACUCCAGAAGCCUUAUUUCUCAUGAAACAAUCCACAAAAGGGAGAAACCCUAUCAGUGCUUGGAAUGUGGAAAGAGCUUCAGCCGAUGCAAUAGCCUUACCUCUCACAAAAGGAUCCACACAGGAGAGAAACCGUAUAAAUGCAUGGAAUGUGGAAAAAGCUUCAAUCACUCCAGUAACCUUAGAACCCACAAAAGUAUUCACAGAGGAGAAAAACCACAUAAAUGCCUGGAGUGUGGAAAGAGCUUCACAAGGAGCACAGAUCUUACCUCCCAUAAAAGGAUCCACACGGGAGAGAAACCCUAUAAGUGUAUGGAAUGUGGAAAGAGCUUCACUCAUUCCAAUACCCUUACUUCUCAUAAAACCAUCCACACUGGGGAGAAAUCAUAUAAAUGUACCGAGUGUGGAAAGAGCUUCAGUACAAACAGUUCUUUAACAUCCCACAAAAGGAUCCAUACAGGGGAGAAACCAUAUAAAUGCAUGGACUGUGGAAAGAGUUUCAGAACAAGCAGUUAUCUUACUUACCACAAAAGAAUUCACACGGGGGAAAAACCCUACCAAUGCCUAGAGUGUGGGAAAAGGUUUAAUCAUCCCAGCACCCUUGCUUCCCAUAAAACAAUCCACACAAGGGAGAAACAAUAUAAAUGCCUAGAAUGUGGAAUGUGUUUUACACAGAGUUGUCACCUUACUUCCCACAAAAGAGCCACAAUGGGAUUUAACUAUAUAAAUGCUUAAAAUGGGGUGAGACCUUUCAUCUUCGUCACUUGCAUGGAAAAAACAAGUGCUUCAAUGAGAAUAUUCUUGUUACUUGAUCUUAAAGAUAGAUGACCACAUAAGUUAGAAAGAGAAAUAUUCCUCCCCUGAGGUUACAGAUAGUCCUUGACUUACAAUGGUUCAUUUAAUAACCGUUUGAAGUUACAAUGGUACUGAAUAGGGGGAUUUAUGUCCGUUUUUCAGAUCACUGUUGCAGCAUCCCCAUGGUCAUUUGGAUGCUUGGCAGCUAGUUGAUACUUAUGAUGGUUAUGAUGAUACUUAUGAUACUUAUGAUGAUUGCAGUGACCUAAGAUCACAUGAUCAACUUUUGCAAACUUUUGACAAGCCAAGUCAAUAGGGAAGCCAUGUUCAUUUAACAACCAUGUUACUAGCUUAACAACUGGAAUGAUUCAUUUAAACUCUUCCAAAAAAAGUUGUAAAAUGGAGCAGAACUUUGCUUAAUAAUUGUCUCACUUAGCAAUAUAAAUGUUGGUCGUAAGUUGAAAACUACAUGUAUAUGGUCCUUGAUGAUAAGCAGUAUUCAACCAUUCAGACUGUAGGUCCGGGGUUGGGAGAAAUCUACAUUUGAAUUUCUUUCUCUUAUCAACGUAAGUCUACACUAUAUAUUUAUUCUCUUGUAUUUUUAAUAAUUUUCCUUGCAAUGUUAGGGCUGAUGAUCAACCCUAUCAGAGGCCUUGGGAGCUAUACCCAGAUUUCCCAAGUGUCCACUAAGGUGGUAAUUAUGCAGUUUGAGCUUUCUUUUUUUAUAUAUAUAUAUUUUUUUUUAUUACAUAGACAACACA